UCCAGCCCAUCAACCCCCAUCACGUCUCCAGCACUCUGCGCUCGCAAAGAAGUCCGAUCGCCAUCCAACUCUCGAGGGUCGGCAAUGGUUUGGCAGCACGCCCACUAAUGUGCAGCCCCCCAAGCGAUUAACUCGUGUUUGACGAGCCUCCCGCGGCCCAGGGGUGAUGAGCUCCGCGGAGCCUUCCCCACUGAAGCCUAUCGCAAGCAAGAUCCAAAGUAGCCUCGCGGCUUGGGUGACCUAGCACGGUUACGAUGGCCUCCAGGUUGACGUCCAGCAGGCGGCCAUUGCAACCAAAGGAUCCCUCUGUAAGGCCGUCGUCUGCGCCUAUGCCCGCUGCCGAGCCAAAGGGCAAGCGGAGAUGUGUGACGGCGGCCUGCAUACCAUGUCGGAAGCGAAAGUCGAAAUGCGAUGCUGGCCUUCCCAAUUGUUCGACAUGCAUCGCUGUCUACAAGACAGAGUGCUCCUACGACCCGGGCGUCGCAGAGAUUGCUCGACAAAAUGACUCUUCUACCGGCGUGAAGCGCGACAGCGCCGCUGUCCAGGAGCCCAAUUUUGCGGAGCAGUUCGUGCAGUUGCUCAUAUCCCUACCCGAGAGCGAGGCUUUUGAUGCUCUAUACCAGCUCAGGGCCAGUGGAGACGUCGUUGCGACUACCGAGCUGCUCCGCAAGAAAAGAAUCAUGUCCGAAGGGAACGAGCCACAAACUAUUGAGAGCGAGCACAUGCACGUACAAGGAAACGCGACACUGGAGCAGAAAUGCCGCUACGGAUUCACGAGCGGACUAGGUCUUGUGCCGGGCGACGACGACUACAUCCUUACGCGAACUCAGGAGCCGCCUACAUCAAGACUGUGGACAGACGUCACAACGGACGGGGACCUGGUGUAUCAUUUGAUUAAAUUGUACUUCACGUGGAGCAAUCACUUUUACCCUAUCGUUAGUGAAGAGGAAUUUUAUACCGACUUCAGAACCGGGCGGACAAAGGCGUGUAGUGCCAUACUGGUCAACGCAAUGUGUUCGUAUGGCUCUGUGUUUACGUCAAAUCCCAGUGUGAGGGAUGAGUCGAACCACAAGUGGACAGCUGGUAAUCGAUUCUUUGAGAGAGCGAGGCACCUGCUAUUCGAGGAUGAAACCACUCCACAGCUUCCAACAGUCCAAGCGUUGCAGAUCAUGAGCAUGCGCGAGGCCUGCAAUGGCCGUGUGAGCUCUGGAUUUCGCUAUGCUGGUUGGGCGCUGAAUAUGGCUAUUGAAUUAGGCAUGCAUCUGGAAGGUUGGAAGUCAGGUGCACAGGAGGAUGGCAUGCGGAGGCGAUCGUUUUGGGCCAUGUUCAACUGCGACACUGCCUGGUCGAUAUGCUCUGGGAGGGUUGCGAUGCUCCCUCGCGCUGCUAUUGAGAUUGAAAAACCAAAAAGAACUGCACACGUGACCGAGUGGCAGCUUUACGACGACGAGCAUCGAAAUGCAGAAAGUAAGGUUCUUUAUUCUUGUUGCGAGGACGAGAUGCUGUAUCAGCAAAGCAGCCUGACGGAAAUUCUGAGCGAGCUUCUCGUGAUCUACUACGCGCCUCGUGAGCGACUAAGCUCGCGCAAGAUUCUUGAUAUGUACUCUCGUUUUCAGACGUGGCACAAACGACUACCGAGCUCGAUGCGUCUAUCGGAAAAAUCGCCACCCAAUGUGUUUAUGCUCCACAUGUGGUAUUGGUCUUGUGUCAACCAUCUUUUCCGCCCAAUUGUCCGCAUGAAACUAGUGGGUUCAUCGAUACAACCACGCCAGGUUUGCAUUGACAUGGCAAUCGAGAUAUCUAAAGCCAUGGAUCUAUAUCGACAACAUUACCCAAUGGACACCGUCAAUCUACUGUGGUGCCACGUACUCCUCACAGCCGGUUUGACGCAUGUCUUCGACCUUCCGUCACGUGGUCAAUCAAAGUCAACUUUCACAGCAGCCAACAGCCGGGCCAUUAAGGAUACUGCGCAGUGUUUGCGUGACUUUCACACCAUCUCAUCUGUACACAGAUUCGGGGUGCGUGGGAUCCAAAUCAUAUGUUCACUUGUGGAAAAGUAUGGGUUAUACCUACCGGAAGAAGUCUUGAAGGAAAUGUCUCCGAUUCUAUGCAUGAGAAAGGACGCUCAAUCCACUGCCACACCAGUUAUUAGCGAGCCCAAUCAAGGGCAGGGCGCGCCUAAGUCAGCUGCUGCUGACCUUGUAACGGCGCCUACUGUGGCUUUAGAUCCGGCUUCUAACGCGACUCCUCCAACGACCCAAACAAUUACAACCAACAUACCAUCACCUAAUUUAAGACAAGAGGGAUCAUCUGCGGUGAUUCCGCCUUCACUGCAUAACGACCCUCAGCCGAGAUACAAACCUAGCUACCAAGUCCAAGCAAUGACUUCUUGGCCCGAACCUCCUUUCGACCAAGCACCCCAGUUCCCGACAUCCCUGUUCUUCACACCUGUAGAUGGCACGAUAGGAUUACCACUCUACCACAACAACCCGAGCCAAUCGCACAUGGAUCUCCAUGUUAUGCUUGGCGCGGUGGACUGGGGAGAGCAGCUGAGGCAGGACGGAUUUGAGCUUAGCGAUGUCUGGGGAAACGAUCCUAUGGCAGGUGCAAACCUGAAUAUCAUAGGUCGGUCGCAUCACAUGGGGGAUCAACUAUCGGCUCAGGCCUAUCGGGGACCACCUCAGCAAGGUUAUGCUGUGGGAGAAGUCACGUUUGUGAACGGUGCAUGGCCUUGAGAGUUUGAUCUUUGUGGAUCAAGCCAGCUCUACGUCUCCACCAGGAGGCCUGCAUACAUGAUUUGUGUUUAUAUCAUGGAAAGAGCCCAUGAGUCAAUCGAUCAGAGCUAUGGGAAGUUCGCACAAGAAGAUUUGCUAUUUAGCUGAGAGAGGAUGAGCCAAGUGCCAGAAACGGUCUGGCUUACAUGCAACGCAGUCACUGCAAACAGCACCGUCUUUGCAAAUGUGGGCAGCAAUACGAACUAACGAGGGUUUUCAAAGGCGCAUGCGCGUCUUUAGAGAAAGAACUACCCGCCGCGAUCAUCAAGCACACGUGGAGCCAUCGAGAGCUUUACGCUGCGGUACCAGAAGCUCCAAACUAAGAACAGACGAGGACGUACUCGUCGACAAGGUUCUCAUCGAGGUCACUGGCGCGAAGUCAGCCGACAAUCUCAACGACCAGUGCCUGGAACUUGGCGCUUCGUUUCAUGAUCCCGGAUCAAAGUUUGGAUUGCUUGCCGAUUUGCAGACGUGUAUUGCUGCAAGGAAAGCCAUGGUUCUGUCAUGUAGUUUCCUGGCCAUCAAGGAGGCCUGGUGAGAGACAAGCCAGUUGCUGCUAUUAGCGGAAAUAUUGGUUAGCUUUGAAGCUUGGGUUCCAUGGUUCCCGCAGUCGUCUUCAUCGAUAUUAUAGAUCUCGUUUGACGUGUUAGUGUACAUAUAUGUAAUCAUGAUAAUAGUAAUGAAUCUGAUUCGAGGGCUCAUCAAAAAGAUGAAACCAGC